UAUCCAAGGUCGUGGCAGAGGUGAUGGAGGAUUUGUGAGACAAACAUCUUACGAAGAAUCCAGGGGCGAAGGUGGAGGGGGCUUUGGCCGUGGCAGUGACACUCGUAGACAAGGAUGGAAUGAGAACAGUCGUGGAGGCUUUGAGAGAUCACCAAGCCUCAGAGAAUCAGGUCCUUCUGGUCCUGGUAGAGGAGGGUAUGAUCCAUCACUAGGUCGACCUCGCCUAUCAAGUGACACUUCUUGGGAAAGACCUGAGAGAAGAUCAGAUAGCAGUAAUUGGAGAGCAGGGGGAGAAGAUGAGGAGGGGUGGAGAAUAUCAGGGCAAAGAUCUGCUGACAGAUCUGACAGAUGGAGAGGUGGCUCUUCCAGAGGCAGAGCACCCUGGCGUGGGGGAACGGAAACAUAUAGAGAACGAGGUCAUCCUGACGAUGAAUGGCAAACAGCCCGGGGCAGUCGUCGGUCUUAUCACGAUCAUGAAGACGUUCGGUGGGGCUCAUCAAGUGAAAGACUUCCCGAAUGGAGUAAUGAUGAUAAUGACGAUUUUACAACACCGGGGACGUUCGAUUCUUCAGGGGCAUUCGUAUCAAAGCAAAAGGAAGAAAGAGAUAGAAGUGAAGCUGAGACAAAAAGUGAUGAAAAAACUGAAAAUACAGAGAAAAAUAGGAAAACUCAGUCGGAAAGUGAUACUGAAGAGCCUGAUGUAUGGAAAGAAGAAGAGCAAGGGACGAGAAACACCAGUGAAGGGAAACCUACAGAAACACCACAAUCACAACCGCCAGUAUCACAAUCACCUUCCACAGAUGAAGCAUCUGACUCCUUAAAAAAGCCCUCUUCAUCCUCCAUUUCUUCUUCUCCUUCACCACCCCAGACAUCUACUUCACAAAACAGAACACCAAAUUCCACACAGUCUAAUCCACCUAGCAAACCUGUGUCAGUAGAGUCCUCCUCGCAGGCUCACGUCUCACCACAGCCUCACAUCACCAUGCCAUCCCCUUCACUGGAGCAAGACACAGGUGUUAGGAAAGAUGAAGAACCCAAUAUGGAACAUUUUGCAAAAGCAGCCGAAAACCUUGUAGCUUCUUUGGAUGAUGACGAUGAUGAAGAGGAGGAUUUAAAGGUUGUUGAACAGACAACGACACAACAGCAGCAACAGGAGUACCGUAGCUCCCCACCGACUCCAGAUGAAGUACAGUGGAGUUACACUGAUCCACAGGGAAAAGUACAAGGUCCAUUUUCCAACUCUGAAAUGGCCGACUGGUUCAGUCAUGGAUACUUCACAAUGGGGCUGCUUGUUAAACGAACCACUGAUGAGGCUUUCCAGCCACUCGGUGAAGUUAUUAAGCAGUGGGGUAGAGUGCCCUUUAUUCCUGGUCCUCAGCCACCACCCUACAAGGGUGUCCCCGAACACAUCCAGCGACAACAGCAGCAGAUGAUAGCGCAGCAGCAAUACCAGCAUCUGAUGCAACAACAUUACCUUCAACAGCAGUUGUUUCACCAGCAAGCUCUCUUGAUGCAGCAACAGCAAAUGCAGCAAAUCCAACAGCCACCUCAACAUUCCCCUCCUCAAAAUACGUCACCAUCCAGUACACAACACACUCAACCACAGGCCAAACAGGGGGGUGCACACCACCUGGAACAACAGCCCCAGCCAGCAAGACCUCAAACCCUGUCACCGCACACAGAAUCUAUCUGGGGUACUGGAACAUCAUCACAAGCUUCCCCGUCUAUCAUUUCACCUGGCCCAUGGUCCCCUGUUACAACAACUUCAGCUGGAAAAGGAUGGGAUAGAGAGAACAGUCAGCAGAAUGUUCCAUCAUUUGAGGAAAUUCAGAGAAUGGAAGAAGAAAAAGAAAAACAGACUAGGAUGGAAAUUGAAAGAAGGGAAGCCAAGGCACGAGCACUGAGACUGAAACAAGAGGAAGAGGAAAGAAGACGCUUGCAGGAGGCAGCCUUGCUGAAAAAGCAACAGGAGGAAGAGGAACGACGUCAGCUGGAGGAAGCAGAAAGAAGGAGAAAGGAACAGGACGAACUCAGAAAGAAACAGCAAGAAGAAGCAAGAAGGAAACAGGAGGAAGACUUGAGAAGAAAACAGGAACAGCAGGAAGCUCUCCGGAAACAGGAACACCAACGGCAGCAGAUGGAGCAACAGAAACAGAAAGAGGAACAAAAGAGGAUGAACGAGUUACGACAACAGCAACAGCAGGCUCUGUUGCGACUUCAGCAACAGCAGCAGGAGCUGCUGAGAAAGAAAGAGAUGCAACAGAAAGCUGAAAUGCAGCAGCGAGAAUUACAGCAGAAGUUACACCAGAAGAGACAGGAGAGUCAGGUGUCUGGUGGAUCUCUGUGGGGUGCUCCUACUCCUGUAUCAGGGACCAUGUCAAUUGCUCAGAUUCAACAGCAAGAGGAAAGGGACAGACAGCAGCGAGAACUUAAAUUACAGCAGCUCCAAGCUCAACAGCGCGAACAACAGGCACGGGGAGUGCCAAGCUGGGCAGAGAGGCCUGCUGUGGUGAACCAGCCUGUCAAGUCAUUGCUGCAGAUUCAACAGGAACAGGCACAACAACAGAAUAAGAGACAACAGGGACCUGCGCUCUCUAGAUCACAGCCCAGUCACAAUCCUCUGAGUUCCUCAGUCUGGGGAAAUACUGGCCAUCUUUCGACAUCCUGGGGACCUGCUCCUAAUUCUGCAAACAUCUGGGCCACAGCGCCGUCUAAACCCUCACCGCAGCGUUAUGAUGACGACGACGAUGACGAUGACGACGAUGAUGAAAGCGAUGACGACAGUAAUGGAGAUUCCUUCUGGGAUGAUGCUGUCAAGGCUGCCCGCAAGAGCCGGGAACAGCACCAGCCUCUGCCACAACGGCAGCAGCCAAAGCCGAGCCACCUUCAAGCCAACAAGAUGCCUGAUAAACGAACAAACAGAGAUGAGGAAAACUUACGGCGACUCUUUCAGAAUCAAUCAAGUGCUGACGAGUUUUCUCUGUGGUGUGACCAGGCUCUUCGCAGCUUAAAUAAUGCCUCAGGAGUAGACAUUCCAACGUUUUCAGCGUUUCUCAAAGAUAUCGAAUCACCUUACGAGGUUUACGAAUACGUCAAGUCUUAUCUGGGAGACAAUCGAGAUACCAGAGAAUUUGCUCGGGAAUUUAUCGAAAGACGAAAGAAACAGAGAGACAAAACUGCGGCUUCUCUUCCGAGCUUUCCUCAAGCCAGCGUGUGGGGUGCUCCUGUUCCUCGAGGGCCAUCUGCGGGAAGGCCAACAAGUGUGAAUCAAUCAGGUGCCUUCUUAUCGGGGCCAGUCCAGGAGGACCCGCAAGACGCCAUGAAUAAAAAGAAGCGAAAGAAAAAGAUGCAAAAAGUUGAUCCAAGCAUCCUGGGAUUCAGUGUCAACGCAGCGGAUCGUGUCAAUAUGGGAGAGAUACAAACUGUCGAGGAUUAACCGACACAAAGACUUGCUAAGAAAUACAAUGAAGGCGAGCGAGCGAGCGGGCGAGCCGCGUCCAGCAAUUGUCCGAAGAGGAAAAAAUGUUUUAUAUUUAGACAACACAAGGAUUAGUGAAUUUUAAUAGCUUACCGUGAGGAACGGUGGAGAAAUAUGGCGACUGUACAAACUGUAAAUGGCGAACAACAGCUUAAGCCUUAAUAUAGCUGAAAAUAUUU